UCGUAGACAAAGACCGACAUUGAGAACCUGUCAAAUGAAAUGGUCCACCUUCCAAACCAGUAGGUGGCGCCUACCCAACUACUUUGCUUGUUGGGCGGCAUUUUUUUUAAGACUUCCGGUGUGCCAGAGUACUGCUGAGCGUAUUCCAGGUGGUGGAGCGUGGAUGCUGAUGGGGGACGAAAAAGAGACCUGGAAAGUUAAAACUCUUGAAGAAAUACUACUGGAGAAAAAACGCAGAAAGCAACUCGAAGAACGAAUCGAUACCAAGCACCAAAAGAAUAUUUCCCAGAGCGUUGUUCCACAGGCGGAUGCUCGGGAAGCCAAACGAGAGACCCCGGAGGAAGGAGAACUACGGGACCAAAGGAUGGAAAUAACAAUUCGCAAUUCCCCCUACACCUGUCAAGAUUCCACAGAGGACAGAGGAGAGGAAGACGAUUCUCUAGCUAUUAAGCCUCCACAGCAAGUUGCAAGGAAAGAAAAAUCUCACCACAGAAAGGAGGAGAAGAGAAAAGAGAAAAGACGCCAUCGCAGUCACUCUGCUGAGGGAGCAGGGAAGCAUGCACGGGCCAAAGAUAAAGAGAGGGACCGCGAUCGCAGGAAGCGUCAGUGGGAAGAAGACAAAGCUCGGCAAGACUGGGAGAGGCAGAAACGAAGGGAGCAGGCCAGAGCUCAUUCACGCAGAGAGAGACCCCGACUGGAUUCUCCUGGGUUUUUUUUGGACCACAGGGACCGUCUGGAACAGCAGGAGCGGCAGCGGGAGCGCGACAGAAAACUGCGUGAGCAGCAGAAAGACCAACGAGAGCUGAAGGACCGAGAAAGGAGGGCCGAUGAGCGACGCAAAGAACGAGAGGGUCGACGAGACGUGCCUUCACACCACCGGAUGUUACCAGACGAGUAUGGUGAGAAGCCGAAACAAAGUCACCGCAGCCGCAGUCCUGCCCUUGUUCCUCGGGAGAGAACGGAACCCGGUGAACUACGAAAAAAUACAUCAAAGGAGGAGAGGCCUGAGGUUCAAGACCUGCUUGCAGACCUCCAAGACAUCAGUGACAGUGAAAGGAAAACCAGCUCUGCUGGGUCUUCCGCAGCAUCAAGAUCUGGCUCUGAGGAGGAAGAGGAGGAGGAAGAGGAGUCCAGCAGCAAGACUGAUGGUGAAGAUGAUGAAGGAGAGGAGGAGGAGGAGGAGGAGGAGGAUGAUGAGGAGGAGGAGGAGGAGGGAGAGUCAGUCUCAGGCUCAGAUAGGUCUGAGCAGAGUGCAGAGGACGUGAGUGAGGAGGAGCAGUCAGAGGAGGACUUUGAAGAGGAGCAGGAAAAUGGAAAUCAUAUACCUGCAGUAACAGAAUCCCGCUUUGACCACGACACAGAGGAAAGUGGUGAGGAGAUGGAGGACGAGGAGGAAGAAGACGCAGGUGAUGGUGACCCUACGCCUCAAUCGCAGACUCACUCACGCUCCCCCACACCUGAAGGAAACUAUAUUCCUGACUCACCCCCAAUUUCACCUGUGGAGCUGAAGAAGGAGCUGCCCAAAUAUUUGCCUGCUUUACAGGGUUGUCGCAGUGUGGAGGAAUUCCAGUGUCUGAACCGAAUUGAGGAGGGGACGUAUGGUGUGGUGUACAGAGCGAAGGACAAAAAGACAGAUGAAAUCGUUGCAUUAAAAAGGCUUAAGAUGGAGAAGGAGAAGGAGGGCUUCCCCAUCACAUCUUUGAGAGAAAUCAAUACCAUAUUGAAAGCUCAGCACCCCAACAUCGUCACAGUGAGGGAAAUAGUUGUUGGAAGCAACAUGGACAAGAUCUACAUUGUGAUGAACUAUGUUGAACAUGACCUCAAGAGUCUGAUGGAAACCAUGAAGCAGCCUUUCCUCCCGGGAGAAGUCAAGACGCUGAUGAUUCAGUUGCUUCGAGGAGUCCGUCAUCUCCACGAUAACUGGAUUCUCCACCGGGACCUGAAGACGUCCAACCUGCUGCUUAGCCACAAGGGCAUUCUUAAGGUUGGUGACUUUGGUUUAGCCCGUGAGUAUGGAUCGCCCCUGAAGCCCUACACUCCUGUUGUGGUGACCUUGUGGUACAGAUCACCAGAGCUGCUGCUCGGAGCCAAGGAGUACUCCACAGCUGUCGACAUGUGGUCUGUGGGCUGCAUAUUUGGCGAGCUCCUCACCCAGAAACCUCUUUUUCCUGGAAAAUCUGAAAUUGACCAAAUGAAUAAAAUAUUCAAGGAUUUGGGGUCACCCAGUGAGAAAAUCUGGCCAGGCUACAACGAGCUGCCUAUUGUGAAGAAGACGUCCUUCACAGAGUAUCCCUACAAUAACCUGCGAAAGCGCUUUGGUGCGCUGCUUUCAGACCAGGGCUUCGAUUUAAUGAACAAAUUUCUCACCUACUGUCCCAGUAAGAGGAUCCUGUCCGACGAGGCGCUCAAGCACGAGUACUUCCGCGAGACUCCGCUGCCCAUCGAACCGUCCAUGUUCCCUACCUGGCCAGCUAAGAGCGAGCAACAGAGGGUAAAGAGAGGCACCAGCCCUCAGCCACCCGAGGGUGGCCUUAACUACAGGAAACUGGGGGAUGAUGACCUAAAAGACACUGGCUUUCACCUGACCACCAGCAAUCAGGGAGCGUCUGCAGUCGGCCCUGGAUUCAGCCUCAAGUUCUGAGCUCUCCCCCUGGCUGAGAAAAAAGAGUGCACGCGCAGAACGCUCCCACCGGACUGAACUGAAAAGCAGAUCAAUAUGCGAUCAAUGGGGACUGUUAACGAGGACUGUCUCACAGCAAGAAUGGUGGCUUUGACGAAAAUGUUCAACUCUCCUCCGCCUCUUUACCGUAUCCAAUGGGAGUUACCUAGAUUCACUUUUUUACUUCGAGAGGUGAAGAUGGAGCUACUGUACAAUGAUGCAGAAUUUGCUCUCCAUCUGACAGCCACUCACAAAUAUCUGUGAUAAGGUAUAUUCCUUUUGCUAGAAAUAAAGAAGAAUGAAACUGUUUUGUAAUUGGGUUGCUUUGCAAAAUACAACGGCGCCUGGGCAGAGUGAGGGGGGGGGGGGAAACACCCAUCUUUAGCUUUCCAAGGUGAUGUCAUUCUACAUGUCGUCUCGCAGCCUUUGCUCUGCCAUUUCUAAUUAAAUGGCUCUUCAAUGUUGGAAUUGAUUAUAUCAACUCUUUGAUUCGUGGCCCACACAAAAAAAAAAAAAAAAAAAAGCACCACACGUCUGCUCAGUCCAAGAUGUGACGCUUUAAGAAAUCAGACAAACGAAGAAGUCACUUAUUGAGUUUGAUCGGUCCCCCUUCAGUUGGGCUCUUCUGUGCGAUGCUUUUGCUUACUUGUCAUGGUGUCUGGUGCGUUGAAGAAGAGCAGCUGGUGGAUCAUGUGACUGAUGGUGUUUGGCACGAGACGAUCAGAGGAAAACAAGUGAGGCGUGUGAGGUCUUCCACAUGCACUUGCAGAUCCAAAUACUGUCCAUCCAAAGGCCAGAGAAAACACUGCUUGUUCUUGCUUUAAAAGAGCUCUUUUGACUGAGUGUGUACAUUGUUGUGCGGCUCACCUUCUUUACAUUCACAAAAAUAGCCUGCGCUUGACCUAUGGAUUUUUAUUGGGUUUGUAGGGUGGGCUGUUUGUCAACUGAAUCUCUCCAUUUGGUUCAUGGAGUUGAACCACAGGGAUGAAUUAUUACCUUUACCAAGGUAAUAAUAGUCAAUGUUUUGAUUGACACUUCGAGAGAGGCACAGUGGUGCGUUAAGUUACGGGUUUAAUUCAUUCCGUGACUACGAUCAUAACGCAAGACAUCUUUCCCCAUGCAAAUGAAUGGAAGUGCUGUUAAUCCAUUCCGGCCUCCCUGCCAACAACAACAACAAAGGUUUUUGUAAGGUGUUUUUGAAAAAUGAAUAUAUUUCUCUAUAUAUUGUAUUUUAUAAAAACCUAGAGUAAUAACAUAAGUAAAAUGUAAAUAAUCA